UAAAUUCAAAGAAAAAGUAUAUUUGUUUGCAUGCUUCAGCAAACGGACAAACCGCUUUUCUUGCAGUGUCUCCCUUCUUCACAGAGACCUCUGUGUCUGUCUGCAACGGAUCUCACCCGAUAUUCCUCCCCCCACCCUCCCUCCACUCCCUCUCUCUCUCUCUCAACUCUCAAGUUACUAUUUUUACUCCACUCUCUCUCUCUCUCUCAACUCUCAAGUUACUAUUUUUACUCCACUCUCUCUCUCUCUCUCUGGGACUAUUGUUUUCUUUGAAAUAAGGCCUCGUGAACUGCAUGUGAAGCUUGGUGAAAGAUCCGGGACUUUGCUUUGCCUUUCUGAUUCAGGUGAUUGAAGUGCUUGCCUUCUUGCUUUUUGCUCCUUCUCCUCUUUCUCUUUUGUUCCCUUUAUGUGAUGUUACAUCAAGUUCAUUUUCUAUCUCACGGCCAUUUCUAAUUCUCCCCCGUUAUGUCAAAAUCCGUAAUCUCUUAAGGGUUUCAGAGCAAAAGAAUGAUUGCUGCUGAGAUUUGGAAACGUGGGUUUUUGAGUUUGUUCUGUUCUGAGUUUUGCAUGUUGAAAGCUCAAAGUUAGGUUUGUCCUAUGUGAUUUCAUGCAUUCGAGCUCAGCUGCCGCGUGGUGUUUUGUUUUGGCUAGUGCUUCUUCUUGUGGUCCGGCAUUUGGGUUGGUGCUUUAAAGCUUGAACUUUUUGAGCUUGAAUUCAUUGGCUGAAGGGAUUUCGGUGCUUACUCUCUUGUUUUGUUGUGGGUUUAAUUUCAUGCCUUUGAGUGAGAAAUGAUUCGCUUUGAACUCUUUGUUGUACUCGGGGGAAGUUUGGAUUAUUUCUGGAGAUGGGGUUACUGGACUUGACAAUAGGUGCUGGGCGACCUCUAAUUGCUUGAAUUCGGGCAUUGUCGCGUGCUUUGCUGUGCCAUCGGUAUAUCGUUGGUGGGUGUUAAGGAUUUUGUUGCUUUUGUAAUGCCAUAAUUGCGAAGAUUGGAAACGUUCCUUUAAUGAGAAAUGCCAUAUACUUUAACUCGUUUCCUUACUUCUAAAGUGAUUCUUCUAUUGGAUGCAUUACUGUUCUGAACAUGACCAGAGCUGUCCGUGAUAGGAUUCUUAAGGAUGCGAAUGGUGAUAUUAGUGAUCAUCUACGCAACCACAUCCAUUUGACGAAUUGUAUUCACUUAAAGAACCAUAUGCAUAAGCAUAGCCCCAUAUUAGCUGAUAGGUCCAUUAUGAGGGACCUUGUCGUCCUUCAGAGGUCAAGAUCUCUCAGGGACCCUUCUGCAAGUCCUCCCUCAUGGCAUUCACCUUCCAUUGUUGAUCUACUCCAAAAUAAGGGUGAAAAUGACAUGCUUCGGGAGGGGAGAAGUUCUAUAGGCAUUGAGCCUCGGAGGAAAGCUAGGAGAGUGUUGGGAAGCACACAACCCUCAGCAAAUAUAGCCACAUCAAAAGUUGCUCUUGGUGAGGUUGGUGGGGUUAAUGAUGGCAUAGCGGCAGUCAGUGAACAUAGUAGCAAGAGUGGAGUUGGGAACAGUAGAAGAGUUGGGAGAGAGGAAUCUACCCGGAAGAGUUAUAGGACUGACAUUUUGGGUGGCAAUGAGAAGCCUCCACUUGAUCAAGAUUGGAAUGAUUUGACUCAUGAUGUUGUGUUGGGGAACUCUGAAUCUAAAGGUAGAAGGAGUAAACAAAGGGGAAAGCAUAUUGGAAAUGUUCCAUUAAAGACCCUUUCUGAGCAGUUGAAUGACAUUCAAAUGGAUAGUGAUGAUGUAGCAUCUUCUAAUAUCCGUCUUCGUGGAGAACAUUCGCGACCAGAAAAAACUGUUGGGGAGCCACAAGCCAGCAUUCCUGGGUACUGCAGUGGGUUAAGUAGAGUUAAAAGGCGCAAGUUUCGCGGCGCUAGAAGAACUCGAGCUACUACAUCUUCAAGAGAUAUUGGAGCUCAGAAUGAAUUGUCUGUGGCAUCCAAUACGUUAGCUCAGGGAUCAAGCAAUCCCAAGUCUUACAUGGAAGAGAGGGAAGAAGAAUUUGUUGAUACAAAUGUCACUAGGGCUCCAAGAAAUGGGUGUGGGAUUCCUUGGAAUUGGUCAAUAAUUCAUCACAGAGGUAAAGAUAUUCUUGACAUGGCUGGAAGAAGUUUUUCUUGUGGUUUGUCAGACUCAAGGUUAAAGAAAGGAGGUUCAACUGCCCAUGGGAGAGAAAUGUCUGACAUGCCAAUGCCAUCGGACUACUCAAACUCAUCCACAAGAUCCGAUGCAGAGGCAGUGCCUCUGCUAGUUGAGGCAUCUGGAUCCCAGGAAAGCACUGAACGUGCUGGUUGGAUCCGUGACUAUUCAGGAGAACUUGGAAUUUUUUCUGAUAAUUUAUACAAGCAUGAUGCUGAUUCUGACCUUGUCUCUGAAGCUCGUUCUCGUGAUCAACGAAAAUUGAGAGGUUAUCGCAACAGUCAACACAAGAGCCUGACACAAAAGUACAUGCCCAGAACCUUCAGGGAUCUGGUGGGACAGAAUUUGGUCGCACAAGCUCUUUCAAAUGCUGUAACGAAAAGGAAGGUUGGAUUGCUAUAUGUGUUUUAUGGACCUCAUGGCACUGGUAAAACCUCCUGUGCCCAUAUAUUUGCUAGAGCUUUGAAUUGUCAGUCUUCAGAACAUCCUAAACCUUGUGGACUUUGCAAUUCAUGCAUUGCACAUGACAUGGGUAGGAGUAGAAACAUAAGGGAAGUUGGUCCAGUCAGUAAUUUUGACUUUGAGAGGAUUAUGGAUUUACUGGACAAUAUGAUUGUUUCCCAGCUGCGAUCACAGUAUAGAGUUUUUAUCUUUGAUGACUGUGAUAAUUUGUCCCCUGAUUGCUGGAGUGCCAUAUCAAAGGUCAUUGAUCGAGCUCCCAGACAUGUGGUUUUUGUCCUCGUCAGUUCAAGUCUUGAUAUUUUGCCUCAUAUAAUCAUAUCCAGAUGCCAGAAAUUCUUUUUCCCAAAGUUGAAGGAUGCAGAUAUUAUCUAUACUUUGCAGUGGAUUGCAACCAAAGAAGAUUUGGAAAUUGAUAAGGAUGCACUAAAACUCAUUGCAUCAAGAUCUGAUGGAUCAUUGAGGGAUGCUGAGAUGACACUUGAACAAUUGAGUUUGCUUGGGCAGAGAAUAUCUGUUCCUCUGGUUCAGGAACUGGUUGGGCUUAUCUCAGAUGAGAAAUUGGUUGAUCUUCUUGAUUUAGCACUAUCUGCCGACACAGUUAAUACAGUGAAGAAUUUGAGAGUAAUAAUGGAAACUGGUGUGGAGCCAUUAGCUUUGAUGUCACAGCUUGCUACAGUCAUUACUGAUAUACUUGCUGGUAGUUACGACUUCAAGAAAGAAAGGUUUAGAAGGAAGUUCUUUCGGCGACAACCCUUAUCCAAAGAGGAUAUGGAAAAACUGCGUCAAGCUUUGAAAACUCUAUCUGAGGCUGAAAAACAGCUAAGGAUGUCAAAUGACAAAUUAACAUGGCUAACAGCUGCAUUGCUUCAACUUGCUCCUGAUCAGCAGUACAUGCUGCCUACUUCUGCAGACACUAGUUUUAAUCACAGUCCCAUGGCCCUGGAUAAUGUGGGUGGAAGAGAUUCAGCCACGAGAAUGGGUGAGUUUUCUGAGAUGUCCAAUAAGGGGAGAGGCUUGUCAACAAAUGUGAGGGUAGAAAAUCUCCAUGCUGGAAGUUCUGCUGAUAUCUAUCAAAAUGGUACGCUUCAGGGUAUUAGUUUAGAGAGAAAAAGAUAUGUUGGGACUGAUAUGGCUCAUCAGCAGACAUCUGCACGUGCUGCUGACAUGACUGGGACAACUGGCAGGCAGAUUUCUGGUAAAAGCCAUAGAGGAAUUGAAGACAUCUGGUUGGAGGUGCUUGAAAAAAUCCAAAUCAAUGGCGUAAAGGAGUUUUUGUAUCAAGAAGGGAAGCUGAUCUCAGUCAGUUUUGGUGCAGCCCCUACUGUGCAGAUGAUGUUCAGUUCACACCAGGCAAAAUCUAGGGCAGAGAAAUAUAGGCGGCACAUCUUAGAAGCAUUUGAGAAUGUUCUUGGGUCCGGAGUGACAAUUGAAAUAAGAUGUGAAUUAAACAAAGAUUCAGGAUCAGGUGUGCAUGUGCCUCUUAUGUUGCCAGCUUCCAAAGUUGGUUUAUCUCAAAUUAGAGAUAUAAAUGGGGUCAGCCCUCAAGCUCAGCUCUUGCAGUCUGACAAUCCUCAAAUGGGGAGGAGUGAAAUUGUCGAAGUAGCAGCUUCUCCUAGAGAACCCAGGGAUAAUGAACACACAGAUAAUCAUGCUGUAUCUGGUAAAAGAGGUUCGGGAGGUUCAUGGGUGGGAGAAAGGCCAGCUUCUUCUAUGAAAUCAACCACGGAUUCACUCCCACAAAGGAGAAAGAUUGGGGAACAAAUUCAGAGCCAGAGCCUUGUUAGAAGCAAGGUGUCUCUGGCUCACGUACUUCAGCAGGCAGAAGGAUGUACCCAGCGAAAUGGAUGGUCAAAACGCAGAGCAGUUUCCAUUGCUGAAAAGCUUGAACAAGAGAAUUUGAGACUGGAACCUAGAUCAAGAAGCUUACUUUGCUGGAAAGCAACAAGAGUAACUCGUCGGAAGCUUUCACGUUUGAAAAUCAGGACACGAAAGCCACAUUCAUUGCUGAAGCUUGUUUCCUGUGGAAAGUGUCUCUCAACUAAGUCUCCGAGAUGAUACAAAGAACAGAAUUUUGGAUGGCUUGGAAGGAUAGAUUGUGCCACCUCAUUUGCAUUAUUAAUGUGUAGAGAGGUUCCUACUGUUUAUUAGGUCAGUUUCUUUGUCAAAUCCGUUUUCAUUGAAUAAAAGUAUGAUUUAUAGGUAAUGAGAAAUUGUAGGAAAUAAAUUAGAUCGUGCAGCUCUAUUAAAUAUAUAAUUUUUUUCUUAAUGAGAAACCGUUUAUAUUGUUA